AUGGUCGUCUACUCGUUUUUUAUCUUCGACCGGCAUGCGGAGUGCAUAUAUCAGCGUCAAUGGUACCCGCGCUCGGGGGCAGUUGGUGGAGCAGCAGGCAAGGAUUCACACUCGUCCGAUGGAACAGGAGCCCUAUCGAAUGGCCUGCCCAAGGACUCCCAUAAGUCAGGAUCAACGGACACUCGACUGGUCUUUGGCGCCGUCUUCUCGCUGCGGAAUAUGGUACGGAAGCUAGGGGGCGAGGAUGAUAACUUUGUGUGCUACCGAACCGGGCAGUAUAAGCUGCACUACUACGAAACGCCGACAAAUCUGAAGUUCGUGAUGAUGACUGAUACCAAGGCAAAUAACAUGCGCCUUGCUCUGCAUCAGAUAUAUGUUAACCUAUACGUAGAAUACGUUGUCAAGAAUCCUCUGUCGCCCAUUGAACACCCUGGCGGUGUGGGAGUGUAUAAUGAGCUCUUUGAAGAGUCACUUGAACAACCCGAGUGCUUUCCUAAAAUCGCCCAUCAAUCGAGCGACGCCAAGGAGGCAAAGCCAAGCGCAAUGCAGAAUCAAAGAGCAACCAAGCCACACAGGUGA